AUGGCUCCGAAAUCCGCACCCGCGCAUCCGCCGUACCUGUCGCUGAUCAGCGAGGCCAUCUCCGGCCUGAAGGAGCGCACGGGAAGCAGCUACCCGGCAAUUAAGAAGUUCAUUGGCUCUAAGCACAAGCUUCCUACCGGCUGGGAGAAGGUGCUGGCUCAGCAGCUGAAGAAGCAGGCGGGCGCGGGCAAGCUGGUGAGGGUGAAGUCCUCCUUCAAGCUGUCCGAUGCUCUGAAGAAGCCCGCGAAGAAGCCCGUGAAGAAGGCAGCCCCCGCGACCAAGGCCACGGCGGUGAAGAAGGCACCCACCAAGAAGGCUGCGCCGAAGAAGACGGCAUCCAAGAAGUGA